GUGUUUCAGAAUUUUCUACAACAAUAAUAUUGAUAACCAUGAUUGUAAAAAAAGUGUUUGAAGCUUACCAUAGGCUCAGUUCAAAUAUUUUUCUGAGAACAAUAAUGUUUGUCCUACUGUUGAAUGAAACACUGAAUAUUGUGCUUGCUGUGAUCAACUACUGGAAUGUAUUCAUUGAACGGUUCAUGGGCCUCAAGGAUAUUGUCCUCUUCGUCUGCCUAUCUUCAUGUGCUGUAGAUAUCAGCUUCCGAUAUGAACGCAGCAUCGCUCUCCUGUCAGUUAUCGAAGAAAAAUUUGUCGGCGAAAACAGCAAUUGGAACGUCACCUCGACCUGCGCCCUCUACAGGCAACAGCUGAUCGACCUUGACAAACGCGUCUGUAAGGUGAUCACAAUCUCCAUCUUCAACAUGAACAUUUGGCCGCUAUUGGCUGUCGCACUGUUCAGAGUAAGCGGAGUCAAAACUCCCCAUCCGCCCCUCCCCUGCGCCUACUACCUCCCACAAAGCGUGACGUCACACCCUGUGACGUCAUAUGUGACAAUGUUCGUUCUGCAAUCUUGUUGUCUGUGGAUAUUCGCGGCUAUAAGUCAGGUUAUUCUUUCAUCAAUAAUUGUAGCUAUACAGAAAUCAGCGUUCGAUUUUGAGCUGUUUUUUGAACUUGUGGAUAGGUUUGACAAAUCUGCCUUUGGACAUGAAGAAAAAUGUUCCAAAGAGGUUGAGGAAGAAGAGAGAGAGAUAAAAACACCUGAGAACCAGUGGAGAGAGAAAGGAGGAAAUAGGAGGAAGCAUGAUGUGGAGAGUGAGAGAGUAUAUAGGGUGCAGACUGGACGAAAAUGUUCCAAAGAGAAUAGGGGAGAGAAAGAGAUGAGAAGAGCAGAGAACCAAAAGGAAGAGAAGGAUGGAGAUUGCAGGAUGUAUGGUGUGGAGAGUGAGAGACAAUUGAGAGAGCAGACUAGAAUGCUGGUUGCAUAUCACCAGAAACUUUAUAAUACAAUGAAAAUACUUAGUGAAAAUGCAGGCUUUGGAACGUCAUUAUCAAACAUUGUCAUAUGUUUGAUGAAUUGCGUAUACCUGUACUUAUUUGUCAAGACAAAUGUGGUUGUGAUACGAAUCUUCGCAUUCUGCUUCGUGACAUUUUCUUCCUUUCUAGUCUUCUUUUACUGCCAUUGUGGACAGAACAUUAUCAACAAGAAUGAGGACGUUAGAAUAAGACUGGCUGAAGUAUCAUGGAUCAACCGUCCCAAAUGGUUCCAACGUGCUCUGAUUCUCAUGAUCACCAGAUCCAACGCUGAAGUCCAUCUUAAGCCUUAUGGAAUUUAUGUGCUCAAUCAUGCCAUGUUUACUAAUAUUUUGAACCUCUCCUACUCAUCUUCCAAUGUCCUGAAGGCGCUGUCAUGAAAUUGAAAAUCAGAAAGUUUAUCAUCUUCAAAGUUGAAGUAAUUCCAUGAAGUUAAGAAAACGACACAAUAAACGUUACUUGAUGAAACGAUAAUUGACUAUUAUUUAUUUUCUAUUAGGCUAGACAAAGCAAGCAUAGUCUAGAAAAACGUAUCAUGUGUUUCUAGUCAUACUCAUUA